AUGUCCACGCCCUUGCGCCUCCUCCCUUCCCAUCCUCAAACGCAAGGCCGCUCCUGCGCCACAUUCAAGGUUCCGCCGUUAGACGGUACACUGACAUUUCCCCAGUUGUUCGACUUCCAUGAACAACAUUCUGCGAAUCAUAGCCUGUUCGUCUAUGCAGAACAGGAUGGUACCAUCAAUGCCAUCAACUGGACUCGAGCGUGCGUCGCUAUCCGGCGAGCUGCUUUGCUAGUCAGGGAGCAUGUGGGUACUAUGCAUGUGGGAGGACCUACGGAUGCUCAAGAGGUCCCGGUAGUCGCAAUAUUAUCAGCCUCAGACGCCAUUCCGUACGCGACAUUGAUGAUGGGCAUCAUGCGUGCGGGUUACACUCCCUUUCCCCUCUCAGCGCGCAACUCAGCUGCGGCAAUUGCUCAUCUCCUCGCCCAAUCUAACGCUGUGCACAUCUUCGUGGGGCUUGACCAGGCUAUGCGUGACUUGACUGUAGAGGCAUGUGAGCUUCUCAAAUCGCAAUACGGCUAUGUUACUGUCCCGGGCACAUCGUCUAUGCCUGUAUUCGACGACUUCUACAACGCGGGACUCAAGGGAAACACCGCGCACGAUGUUCCAUAUGUGCACCCGGGGUUGGACAAGACCAUUUUCUACCUGCACUCUUCGGGGUCUACCGCUUUUCCGAAACCUAUUCCUUGGACGUAUCGCAGAAUGAUACAGAUAUCUAGAGCGGUGUUCUACGGAGAACGUGACUUGACUGGUCGCACAAUGGCUCUGUUUGGAAUGCCCAUGUUCCAUGCGAUGGGCAUCAUGUCAACAGUAUUUGCGUGCGCCUUCGGCCAAGUGAUCGCCGUACCUGCACCACAGACACCUCCGGCUCUCCCGACUGUUGAGAACAUUAUCCAAGGUGCAAUGGCAACCAAGGCCGAUCUCAUCAUGACCGUGCCUUCCCUGGUUGAGGCGUGGUCGCAUAAUCCGGAGUGGGUCAAAUGGCUGGCUACGAUCGAUGGCAUCUCAUAUGGCGGCGGCCCUCUCAACAAGGAACGUGGCGAUUAUCUCGUUUCACAAGGGGUCCGGAUUUUCUGUAACUAUGGAUCUACGGAAAGCGGUGUAAUGAGUGAAUUUCUACCAGCUGAGACGGGGAUGAAUUGGGAGUACUUCCGCUUCGGAUCAUUCUUGAAAGUCAAGCUUGAGCCUUAUGUCGAGCAUGAGUACGAAGUUAUCGUUGUGGAGAACGAGCUCUUGCGACCGAACGUAAUCAACGCCAAGGUCGAUGGAGUGGAUGCUUACGCAACCUUUGACCUUGUCACUCCCCAUCCGACUGAAAAGGGUCUCUACAAGGUUGUUGGUCGCACCGAUGAUCAGAUCAUGCACAGUACUGGUGAAAAGACGAACCCAGGUCCUCUAGAAACUAUGAUGAACCAGGAUCCGCACGUCCGAGGAUCUGCCAUGUUCGGUCGUGGACGUUUGCAGGCUGGGAUUCUGGUCGAUCCGAAGCCAGAAUACACUGUCGAUCCCUCCGAUGAAGCCAAGCUUGCAGUGUUCCGCAACAUGAUCUGGCCGACUGUGGUGAAGAUGAACACAUACGCCCCGCAGCAUUCGCGAGUAUUUAAGGAGAUGAUCAUAGUCGCAAAUCCGGCUAAACCGUUCACAUACACACCCAAGGGCACCGUACGCCGUGCCGCUGCCAUCAAAGAAUACGAUGACGAGAUUAACGCGUUGUACGAACUUGUGGAUGCGAGCUCCCAGUCCAGCGUUGCAUCACCGGCAAGUUGGGACGUCGCCGUGACAACCGAAUUUGUCCGCAAGACGGUCGCCCAGAUCAUGAAGAAUUGUCCGCAAGACGGUGACGACCUCUUUCAACAUGGCUGUGACAGUCUCCAAGCUACCUAUAUACGAAACACGCUGCUACGUGCUGUUCGUGAGAGCUUGAAGAUCGACACUCGCCCUGUGACUGAAAGUUUCGUGUACAACAAUCCGAACAUCAAACUGCUCUCUACCUUCAUCUCGUCUGUCGCGCUCGGUACCUACCAGCCUGAGGAUGAUACCACAUCUUCUACAGAUCGCGUCAACGCCAUGCGUGCUAUGGUUUUACAGUAUACUACCGCCUUCCCUCUACACAAAGCGGACCUGAGUGCCAAACGUCCCACCGGCGACAUUGUCCUCGUCACGGGUACGACGGGGAGUUUCGGCUGCCAUCUGCUCUCUCAGCUUGCAGCGAAGAAGGAUGUCAAGCGGAUCUAUGCUUUGAACAGGGCCUCGGCUGACCAGCAAUCGCUGCACCAGAGGCAGAAGGAGGCGAUCGCUUCCCGGGGGCUUGAUGCGCGCAUUCUGGACUCCGGAAAAAUCCUGCUGCUGGAGGGAGACUUGACGACGGCGCGCUUCGGGCUAAGCGAGGAAACAUUUGGGGAACUACGUCGCACUGUCACCCAUAUCAUACACAACGCGUGGCGUGUCGACUUCGUCAUCAACCUCACCUCCUUCGAACCACAGGUACAAGGUGUCCGUGCCCUGAUCGAAUUCGCUCUCUCCUCUCCCUUGCCUGAGCCGCCAAAGUUCCUCUUCGAGAGCUCCAUUGGCACACUUCAGAAUGCUCCAUCAGAGGACGUAAUCGCGGAGACGGCAACGAUGCCAGAGUGGGCUGUGGGCACUGGUUACGCGGAGUCAAAAUGGGUAUCUGAGCAGAUCGUACUCGCCGCCGGUCAGACGACCGCGCUCAAGCCGCUCAUCGCCCGACUUGGUCAGAUGUGCGCUGGCCCUGACGGCGCAUGGAACGCGCACGAGUGGUACCCGUCUAUAGUACAGAGUGCACCCACAGUAGGUUGCUUCCCCGAUGACGAGAGGCUGAUCGAUUGGCUACAGCUGGACCUCGCAACCGCAGCGCUCAUUGACCUCCGCAAGGCCUCGAGCCCUACUAGCCUCGUGCACGUCGUCCACCCGCUCCCAAUCCCAUGGCACGACCUCGCCGUUGCCGUCUCCGCUGAGUUGGCCGUCCCACUCGUGCCCUUCGCGACGUGGUUGGCAAAGCUCGAAGAGUACGCUGCGGCGCAGGGCGACCGUACUGCGAGGCUGCAUGCCCUGCACCUGCUUCCGAAGUUCCGCGGAAUUUUGCUUCAGGAAGACAAAGGGAGGAUGGCGUUGGGGAUGGCUAACAUGGAUAUCAGUCGUGCAAAGGAGGCAUCACCAACACUGGCAGACCCCAGGUUGAGGCAGCUCUCUGUGGAGGACGUGACGCGGUGGAUCGCAUACUGGCGCAAGGUUGGACUCUUCACUAGAGCGUAA